AUGAAACCAAUGAUGAUAAGAGACAACGAAUUCAUUGCACCAAAUUUUGACUUAUAUUUUCUCUUGGAAUUAAAGAAGGUCAUGCAAGAUUUAAGAAUAAAUUAUACUCUAAUUGAAAAAGGAUUAAAAAAUCAACUAAAGUUACAAAAGCAACCUCUCUUUCAAUAUCUUGAUAAUCGUGAAAAGAAAAUUGAAAUUGAAGAAAGAACAAAACUCUGGUUUAUUGAAUUGAAAAAGAUUCAUUCUGAAAUCAACACACAAUUUAAUGUCACCACUACACAUAAUAAUGAUGAUCAGUUUACUCCAAAUUUUAAAACUUGUAUGAAAAAGUUUUGGGAUAGAAUUGUGUUGGAAACUGAUUACAUUAACAAAUUUGAAUCUAAAAAAAGAAAAUGUGCAUCAAAUCAUGGGAAAGGUGGAUCAAAAUCUCAAAGGAAUAGCUAA